ACUAAUAGCUCUGAAAAUAAAAAAAGAAAAAUACAACUGUUUGAGGGUCGAUGAAAGUGACUUCUCUUUUCAACAAUCACCGGCUCUGCCCAGCCCGGGCGCUCCAGGGUGAGGGAACAAUGGCGGAAGUAAGAUGGCUCCACCGGGACCGCCCGCCUGACGACCCCGCCCGCCAGGCCCUGAACGAGGCGGCUACUGCGGCGUCGGCCCCCCCCCGUGACGUCAGCACGUCAUGCGGGUGACAAACGCCUCUUUCGCACCGCCACAGGAACUAGGCGCACUGCGCAAGUGUGCGGGCUGGGCCUCGCGUCUGAUCCCAAAAGCAUCGCGAGGGUUGGGGCGGUGCGCUUCCUGAGGGCGUCCCAGGGGCCGGGUGGUGGGGUCCGGGUGCCGGGCUAGGGGCGGAGCUGGGAGAUGGCGUCCGGAGCGGCUCGCCGGCUGGCUUUGGCAUCCGUCCGAUCCGGGGCUUUCCGGAACGGACCGAGCUUGAGGAAGGGUGGCGAUGUCUCCGCCGGAGGGGGUGGCUCAGGUCGGAGCCUGGUACCGUCGAGGUCAGUCAUCGUUACUCGCAGCGGCGCCAUUUUGCCCAAACCGGUGAAAGUGAGUGUCUGCCUGGAGGCGGGGCGAAGGGGCCGCGGCCAAUCAUUAUGGGGAGUGUGUGCGGGUCGACGCUGACUGAUAGGAGCAAAGGCCAAUCAUACGACCGCCUUAGACCGGAAGACGGAUCAAGGACAAAGUUAAGCAGUGAUGCGCUGCUUAUUUUGACAGGUGGGAGGAAAUGGGUCAGAUCCCGGUAUUGAGUUGGGCGCACGGAGACAGAGGAUGGGGGGUGAGAGCUGAGAAGGACUGCACUUUGCACUAGUUCAUCGUGGGGAGCGUGGUGCCCUAGUUCUCCAGGCCACAAGACGGCUUUAUGCGUCCAGUGUAGACAGAUCACGUAACCACUCCGUUCUUGUCUACCUCACAGUUGAUGGGAUGGAAUAAUGAGUUGUGAAAGGGCUUUGUAAAUAAAGGGUACGUGGGGCAGACCUUAUAUUUUUAUGAGUUUUGACCUAGUACUUAAUUCACGUGAUUUGCAGUCCUGAGAGGUGGGCAGGGAAUUACUACAAUCACUGUUUCUACAAAUGAGGAGCCGGGCCAAAGCAGUGAAGCCGUGAGGCUCCAAAGCUAGCAGCGAGUUAGGGUCUGGAAUCCAGGUUUCUGGCUGGUACACCCCCCACCCCCAACCAGGUCCUAUUUUUUUCCACCACUGAAUGCCAUCACAUGCCCUGAGUACUCUUGGGUUUUUCUAAGUAAAAUGGAAACAGCCCCUUACACCAAACAAGUUUGCUCUUUGACUCCAGGGUUGUGUGGGAGUUACAAAACAAAAGUUCUCUUAAAGCUAGUAUGGCCAGUGCUGGCUCGCACAGACAAGUGAGUUCAGGAUUGUUGUGUGGCAAGCAGCAAGGUCCAUACUGGGGAAGAGCUGCCUUAUAAAAAGGCAUAGCUGGAAAAAAAUUUUUUGAAACUCCGUAGGAAAAUAUGAGGGUAUGUUGAAAUUCUACUGAAACUGCCCCAGUCCAUCUGCCAUCUUUUAUGGUAAAGACAUGCGCUUUUUUUUUUAAGAUUUAUUUAUUUAUUUGAGAGAGCGAGAAUGAGAGAGAGAGAGAGCACAU